AUGAUGUUUUCACAAGUGAACCUUAUUCGGCAGAUUGUGGUAGUGAUAGGAAACAUCGUCGCUAUUUGUAUGUACCUGUCACCGAUGCCAACGAUUAUAGGGAUAGUGAAGAAAAAGUCAGUGGAAAAAUACUCACCAAUGCCACGUUUGGCAACUCUCAUAAACUGUUUGGUUCGACUUCUCUAAGGACUCCCUAUAGUGCAUCCUGAUAGCACAUUGAUCGUUUCAGUAAGUGGUAUAGGGGUUGUGACUGCAAUCGUUUUCCUUACCAUCUUUUUCGUUUUCUGUGAACACCAAAACCAGCGAUUGGUAAUAGCAGUUGUUUUAGCGGUUGAGGCUGUCUUUGUAGCUAUCCUCGCCGUUUUGGUUUUAACUCUCCAACACACUACCGAUCAAAGGACCUUCAGCGUUGGGAUCGUAUGUUGCGUUUUCAACACUAUUAUGUAUAUUGCUCCAUUGUCUGUCAUGAAAACGGUAAUAAAAACAAAAAGCUUGGAGUUCAUGCCGUUUUGGAUAUCGGUAGCUGGUUUUCUAAACGCUGGUGUUUGGAUAUCGGUAGGUUUUGACCCAUUCAUGGCUAUACCAAAUGGAAUUGGAUGUGUAUUUGGGCUUGUUCAGUUAAUAUUGUAUGCUACGUACUAUGAAUCCACCAAAAGAAUAAUGGCGGAAAGAGAGAAUCUACCUGGCUCUAUAGAUGAAGUAGGCUUAUCCAACGUGAGCGGCCAAACUCAAUCAACUAGUUAAAG